AUGGCGAAUAGAGGAUACGAUGUUGUCGUCGACGUUGACACAGAGGGAGACCUAGGCCACACGGACCUACAAGACGACGACCUUGAAUUUCACUCAUCAAACUUCGAGAACAACUCUCAAAAUCGCAAGAUCCCACCAGACUCAACACCUUUCCUGUCCAACAGCACGACCAACCCAGCAACAUUGCCUCAUGACCCAUCUGCUGUCCCUCCCAAGCACAUGCUCUGGUCAAUAUCCUUCUAUGCGCAAUUCUUUGACGUCGACACGUCGACGGUCCUGCACCGCUGUCGGACCGCCAUCCUGCCUUUCCUCCCGAACACGCCACCCUUCCUCGACACCAUGGAUGGCAACCCUGAUCUGUACGGCCCGUUCUGGAUCGCCACGACCGUCGUGGUAAUUCUCUUCCUCGCCGGGACAAUCAGCCACAAGCUCGCGACCGAGGGCAAGAAACAUUUCGAAUAUGAUUUCAAGCUACUGAGCGGCGCCGCCGGCUUGAUCUACGGGUACACCCUGUUUGUGCCGCUGGGGCUGUGGGCCGCGCUGCGGUGGUUUGGUGCGCAGUCGCUGGAGCUCGUGGAAUGCUGGGCGCUGUACGGAUACAGCAAUCUCUUCUGGAUUGCCGUGGCGCUCGUGUCGUGGUCGCCGCUCAAUGGGCUCAACUACGCCUUGGUCGGCCUGGGGUAUGCCGUAAGUGUGUUCUUCCUGGUCAAGAAUUUGUAUCCUGUCAUCAGCGCGACAGAGAAGAAGAUCGGCCGGAUUCUAUUGAUCGCGGUGAUCCUAUUGCACGCAGGGUUGGCAAUUGCCAUCAAGAUCCUUUUCUUCAGCCACAAGAGCCCGGCGAAGGAUGAUGGGGAUGACAAAAUGAUGGUUAUUUAG